GAGAGUUUUGUGAGAACACAGAUGGAAGUGAAUUGGUGGAAAUUGUCAACAUUAUUUGUGGGUUGUUGUUUUUUUUUUUUUUUUUGUCAUUUCUUUGUUGUAGCACGUUACAUAUGUUAAACAAACGCUUAAUUCCGGACUUAGAAAGCUACAGCAGAGGUUAAACUGUUGUCAUAUUUAUUAGGAAUACUUUUUGGCGUAUAUGUUUCUCUUCAGAGCAAGCAAACUAGCUAGCUAGUAACGGUAACUGUUACUAGCCACGACAUCCUUUACUGGCUGUAUACUUAUGUCGUGCGGCUAAAUUUGCCCCAUAUUUUUAGAUUUUCAAAAGCAAAACACGCAUUGACCAGUCAGGUUUAAUGGUACUUUAUUGUGUUUGAGUUGACAUCACGAUGUUAGCCACUUCCGUUUACCUGCAGUUCCUUGGCGAACAGUGAUGUUUAGACUGACUGGUCUUUUCAGAGUAGCACGCAGGACCGUUUGCAGUGCCGCCGACGACAUGGCGAAGGGCAAGUUUUUCUACGCAGUGAAGAAAGGAUUCAAACCAGGAGUCUACAGUUCAUGGGAUGAAUGUAAAAGCCAGGUGGAAAAAUUUCCAUCCGCCUCUUUCAAGAAGUUUGCAUCAGAGAAAGAUGCCUGGGCAUUUUUCAGAGGAGUCGAACUUUCUGCAGCUCCAGAGGUGAAGAAAGUGGCUCAGAUUGUGGAGUCGGCCGUCGCUCUGCUUCCCAAAAGAGGCCCGGAGCCUCUGGAGUACAUCCCUAUUGGUAAGAAGAGAUGCCACUCAGUCGAGGAGGCGGAGUCCCAUCCCAAACGAGUCAAACUGUCAGAAAGCUCGUCUUCAGAAAGCAGUGAUGGAUUCACAUACAUGGGUGAUGCUGUGGUCGUUUACACUGACGGUUGCUGCUCGGGCAAUGGACAAAAGGGCGCCCGAGCCGGCAUCGGAGUGUACUGGGGCCACAACCACCCGCUAAAUGUUGCAGAACGACUGCAUGGAAGACAAACCAACCAGCGUGCAGAAUUACAGGCUGCCUGCAAAGCGCUGGAACAAGCCAAAGAGAAGAACAUAAAGAAGCUGGUUCUCUACACUGACAGCAAAUUUACUAUCAACGGUGUGACCAGCUGGGUGAAGAACUGGAAGCUGAAUGGCUGGAGGCUGAAAUCUGGAGGUCAGAUCACCAACAAAGACGACUUUGUGAAGCUGGACAGACUGAAUGCAGAGCUGGAGGUGGUCUGGAUGCAUAUUCCAGGUCACGCCGGCUACAGAGGCAACGAGGAGGCCGACAGACUGUCGCGAGAAGGAGCAGCGAAGCCUUUAUAGCAGCAGCAUGAAGAAAGAGACGAUUUCACUUAAAGUGCUCCAGGACUGUUCACUCUGGUUUGUCAGCCAGUCGGCUGCUUUGAUACAGAGAUUUGUUUUUCUCGCAUUUGUGACUGAACCAAAACUCAGACGGAGGAGUCUGUGUGUUUGUCAGUUUUUCUGUUAAAUGUUGAUUUUAAUUUAUGUUUCCCGCUCUAAAUAAAAGUUUGAAGCUUCUGCUUUAACUGCAGCAUGAAAUCAAA